CGGUCCGCGUAGGCUACACUAAAUAUACAUGCUAUUUUGGUUGAGCAACCUCAUUGACUCAAUUGCAACACUUUCGCUACACAGGACAACAGCGCUCGACUUUAAAAGAUGCAGAUGAGGCUGGCCCUGAGCGUGGCCCUGAGCGUGGCCCUGCUGGCCCUGGCCCUGGCCCUGGCUGACCAGUGUCCUGACGGGGGGCAGUGUCAGGAAGGGGGCACCUGCUGCCACACCCCCACACACGGAUACGAGUGCUGCCCGAUGCAUCAGGCUGAGUGCUGUGGCGAUCACGUGCACUGCUGUCCGGAAGGCACCAUCUGCCAGGUGAACGAGGCCAGGUGUGUCAACGCCACAGUCUCUCUGCCGUGGGUAGAGAGACAUCCUGCUAAACCAUCGGGACUUUCGAAAUCGUUCAGGAUGAUCUGGGCUCACCCUGGGGAGGAGGAUGAGAACGUGUGUCCUGACGGCUCUCACUGCCCGGCAGAGUUCUCCUGUCUGGAGGCUCUCAGGGGCUACGGCUGCUGUCCCCUGGCCCAGGGUGUUCCGUGUGUCGAUGGGAAGCACUGCUGUCCGGAGGGUCACCAGUGCAGUGCAGACGGCCGGUCCUGUUUGGAACAAAGAGCCCAGCUGGUCUCCUCGGUGAUGUGCAGUGACCAGAUGACAGAGUGUCCAGAUGACACCACCUGCUGUGCCAACCCAGACGGAACCUGGGGCUGCUGUCCAGGUCUCAAGGCUGUGUGCUGUGCAGACAACAUCCACUGUUGCCCCGAGGGGACCACCUGUGACAUUCAGCAAGCUAAGUGUUUGUCCUCAGACACCCUGGACACGCCCAUGUGGGCCAAGUCCCCCGGCAGAGCUCGGGCACCGUGGGAGAACCAGAAAGGCAUGUAUGUUCCCUGUAAUGAAUCUGUGGCCUGUGCUGAUGGAACUACCUGCUGCAAAACUCAGUCCGGAGGCUGGGCAUGCUGCCCCAUGGUGGAGGCAGUUUGCUGCAGCGACUUCAUCCACUGCUGUCCAAAGGGAACGACCUGCGACGUGGCUGGUGGAACCUGCAACGACCCCCUGGGCCCUGGGUCCGUGCGCUGGGUGGAGAAGACCCCCUCCAUGCCAAGGGAGGUGGAGCAGCGAGCGGGAAACGUAACGUGUGACUCCACCCACAGCUGUCCAGAACAGAACACCUGCUGCAAGACAGCGACGGGAGGUUGGGCCUGCUGCCCUCUGCCACAGGCAGUUUGCUGCAGCGACUUCAUCCACUGCUGUCCAAAGGGAACGACCUGCGACGUGGCUGGUGGAACCUGCAACGACCCCCUGGGCCCUGGGUCCGUGCGCUGGGUGGAGAAGACCCCCUCCAUGCCAAGGGAGGUGGAGCAGCCAGCGGGAAACGUAACGUGUGACUCCACCCACAGCUGUCCAGAACAGAACACCUGCUGCAAGACAGCGACGGGAGGUUGGGCCUGCUGCCCUCUGCCACAGGCAGUUUGCUGCAGCGACUUCAUCCACUGCUGUCCAAAGGGAACGACCUGCGACGUGGCUGGUGGAACCUGCAACGACCCCCUGGGCCCUGGGUCCGUGCGCUGGGUGGAGAAGACCCCCUCCAUGCCAAGGGAGGUGGAGCAGCCAGCGGGAAACGUGACGUGUGACUCCACCCACAGCUGUCCAGAACAGACCACCUGCUGCAAGACAGCGACGGGAGGUUGGACCUGCUGCCCUCUGCCACAGGCCGUCUGCUGUGACGACCACGAGCACUGCUGCCCUCAGUUCACCACCUGUGAUUUGGCCAGCCUCACCUGCAACGGAGCCUGGGGGGCGGUGCCCAUGGUGAGGAAGGUGGGGGCUCUCACCACCCCCAGCCCCACCACUCCUGCGGAGGAGGAGGAGGAGGAAGAAGAGGAGGAGGAGGAGGAGGCUGAGGAGGAAAGGGUCCAGUGUGACCCUCACACCAGCUGCCCCAAGCUCACCACCUGCUGCAUGAUGAGCUCAGGCCAGGGAUGGGGCUGCUGCCCUCUUCCUGAGGCUAUCUGCUGUUCUGACGGAGACCACUGCUGUCCCACUGACUACAAGUGUAACGAGGGCUCCACCUCGUGCUCCCGGGGGGCCGUGGUGAUCCCCUGGUACAACAAGCUGCCGGCGGAGGCUCAACACACCGGCCCCGCGUCUUCUUCUGUGAGGUGUGACGCCAACAACAGCUGCCCCGAGGGCGCCACCUGCUGCCAGCUCUCAACAGGGCGCUGGGGGUGCUGCCCCCUGAAGGAGGCGGUGUGCUGCCCAGACCAGGAACACUGCUGUCCUCAGGGCUACAGCUGCAACGUGCCCUCAGGAUCCUGCCAGAAGCUCAUCUGGCUACAAAUUCAAACAUUACCCAUGACUAGGGUGUCCCUGCCAGAGCCCCCUACCCCACAGGGGAAGGGUAUAUAUUGUGCUGAAUCCUACAGAUGCAGGGAUGGAGAGACAUGCUGCAAGACCACCACCACAUGGAGCUGCUGCCCCUUACCCAACGCUGUGUGCUGUGCAGACAUGGAGCACUGUUGUGCCUCUGGCUACACCUGUGGAGAGGAGGGCAGCUGCACCCAGUCCCUAGGGCUGAGCUGGGAUGACUGGCGGAUGGUCUUCACCAAUAGGAAGAGAGCACUGUGAAGACCGGCUCUGCCUGUCACGCCACAACUCUGACCCCCUUUCUUAUGUUUUUGCACUAAUCAAGAGUUGCUGUUACAAUCAAGUUGUACAUUUCCUCAGGGUAGAAGAAGGGAUGUCGGUUUAAAGGGGUUUUUUCUUGCACUGGUCCUGGAAGAUUCUGGUUUCCUCUGUGUGCUUGCGUACUGUUGUCUGUGGUCCCUGCUUAGGCCUGCCUGUUACACACUCUUUUAGUUGGGAUUGUGCAAAUGCAUUUUUUACAUGUAUUCCAACUAUGUUGUAGAAAUUGUUAAUUUUUAUUGUUAAUUUGUAUUGUUUCACAUGUGAUUUGCCUUCUGAUUUACAUUGUUUAAUUGAUAAAACAAAUUCAAUGUAUGUUCGGGCAAAAACUAUGGGGUUAUAUCGAUUAAGAUGUACUACGAAGUACUGAAACUGUACAUGACUGUAAAACUGGUUAUCACUGUUAAUUUGACACGAAUAAAGAGAAAUUCUUCUAUAAGUGUAAAAA